AUCUUUCUUCUUUGUUAUUAUUUUCCCCUUUUGUAGGGAUUUUCCAUGCAAGGACAAUACAGUGGAAUAUCUCAAGCUGAGGUGACAAAGUUGCAGCAGCUUUCGGGACAUCCUGUCUCAUUUUCAUCCUUGGCACAAACUCCAUCUCUAGUUGCAGGCCUGGAUGCAAACUCUCAGAAUAGCUCUCAGGAGUUUCUAGUUCCCAAUGAUCUGAUUGGCUGCAUCAUUGGCCGCCAGGGAAGCAAGAUCAGUGAGAUUCGGCAAAUGUCGGGAGCGCACAUCAAGAUCGGGAAUCAGACGGAGGGUUCUUCUGAACGUCAUGUGACCAUCACAGGCACACCAGUCAGCAUCACUUUGGCUCAGUACCUCAUCACAGCCUGUUUAGAGACGGCCAAAUCUACCUCCCAGACGCCCCCCGUUGACCUCGGCAUGACUUUCUCCCAGCCCCUCACCCCUUCGCCAGCCCCAGCGCUGACAGCAGUGGCCGCACCUCCCCCAGCCUUGCUUGGUCCCCCCUAUGCCAUCUCCCUCUCCAACUUCAUCGGCUUGAAACCCAUUCCCUUCUUGACACUGCCCCCUUCCUCAGCCACGGGGCACAAUGGCAACCUUGCCACCUACACGACCAAGAUCUCCACAGCCAAUGCAAGCAAGAAGGGUGAGAGACAGAAGUUCUCCCCAUACUGAAGCAGGAAGGUGGGCUGUGGGGCAGGGAGGGGAAAAUUUGGGUGGGUGGGCCCUCCCAUGCUUCAUGAGAUGGCAUCAACAUCAGGCCACUCCAAAAUGAGGUUACAUGGGGGAAGACUAAGUAUGAUGUGAGAGGCAAAUCAAUUGUAUUGGAAAGUAAGGAGAUGAGAGAGAAUAUAAUCUCAGCAGCUGUUGAGAGCAGUGCUGACUAAGAGUCAAGAGAGAGAACUGGUUCUUCUCCAUAGUUCCUACUUGAUCCUAGCUGAGAAGUCUAUAGUGAUUAAGACCAUCUAAACUUAAAGUUUCGCCUCCGUUGGACAAUUACUGCUCCACACUCAAAGUGUUAUGAUUUUUUUACCUUCCAUAAAUAUAUCUGAUCUCCUUCAGGAAACAGCUUCUCUCACCAUCUGAUUUCCUGUUGUGUUGUUAGGAAACCUACCAGUUUACUUAGAGAAAAAUUGAAUCGUACACAAAUUCUCUGUUUCAAAUUGAAGGCACUGGAGGUCUUGGGAAAGGUCUUAACUCAAUUGUGGGAGUAGAUGAAGCUUAUUUGACCAAUGGUAAUGAUAGAGUACAUGCUGUGCCACUGCUAUAUCUCAUGGAUGGUUGUUUUCAAGGGGGAUACAAUGGAGAAAAAAAUCUGAUUGAUAAAGAAGAAGAAGAAGGCAUAUAGGAUUUAAACAUGACGGAACAUACCAAGAAGCAAACUUUUUGGUUCUCUGUUCUAAGUAUUUCUCUCUUGAUAUGAAACUGCUUAUGUAUCUCAUUCUAACUAUAUAAGAAUCUCAAUUUUUUUUUUAAAAAAAAACAUGGCUGUUUCUGACAAACACACAGGGUUCUGAAUUUUUGCUUCCCCCUAAAAGCUGGCUAGAACAAAAAGCGACCGAAGGAGUAACUUUUACCAGAGUAACUUUUGCCCUCUCUUGUUGACAGGGAGUUGCAUAGCAGCCAUUGGCUUAUAUAUGGCUUCCCUGCUAAAAACCUGGGCAAAGGCUAAUCAGAUAGUGUAGUGUAUUACUAAAUUUGAAUCUCCAGCACUGGCUGCCAAUUCUACUUAGUCUCAAUGGAAGACACCUACUCCAAGGUCUUUUUUAUGGCAGAUACCUCAGGAAAACUCUUCUUAGCAGGUCAUAGAAUAGUUACCAUGCCAUGAACACAUCUCUGAAUUUAUCUUACCCUCAUGGGAUGUUGUCUCCAAUGAGUGCUUACUAAUACUGUUCAAUCCCUCAUUGUUCAGCUCUAAACAGGCUUACUCAGUAAUAAUUUUAAAAAAACCCACCAUGUUUAUUCUAAGCAUAGGAAACUGCCACCUAAUAGCAAGUCCAACUACCAGCCAUCUCUGGUUGUAUGUUGUUUCCUGUGCUAGCUGAUAGUGCCUCUCCAAAGUAUCAGAGAGAGUUUCUUAGCUUUACCUGGAGAUGGCAAGGACCUUUUCAAUACAGCCUUAAGGAAUGAGUACAUGCUCCAAAAAGAAUCCCCAUUAUCCCCAUUUCCUCUUAUCUAUUGCUAUUGGGAGGGGACUUGUCAAUGCAUAUAAAUUCAUUUGAGCGAAGAGACAGGAAUUGUAAUUGACCCUGACCCUUCGGUCUGAGAUGUCAUCCCAGAGAUAUACAACCACAUUUGCUACAUUUGGUAAUCGUCUCAAUAAAUUGAGGUCAUGUCUAGCAGGAAUUCAGCGUAGCUUGCUCCUGAGUAAAUAGUUACAGGUUUGCAAUGUACAGAAAAUAUGCGGCCAAGCCAAGGAUUUUACAACCUAACUGGUUAUAAACAGUAUAGCUUCUCCAAAGUGACUCAGAUUGCCGACUCAAGUUGGCAUGUUGUAUUUCUUUAUUCAAAUACUACAAGGUUAAUAGCAAACCGUUACCUUUAUAAUAAGGCAUUGGAUGGAAUGUGCUUGUUCAGUGAAUCAGGCUAGAAAAGAAACUGAACUUGCCUUUUGCUCUGCCUCUCCUGUGGAACCAACUGGCUCAUUAGCAAAGCCCAGGGCUGUGUGUAGUGUCUGCAUUCAAGUAAAACGAAGCAAAAAUAUUUAAAAUUCUGCAUGCACGCAAACACAAUCCUGUGCCAUAAAAAGUUCGUUAUCUGACCUGUAUAGAAUAUGCAACUAUGCAUACAUAUCUCCUUUGUGCAUGGUAAUUUUGGGAGAGGAAUGUUUGUUUGUUUGCAUUGUACCCAGAUUUACAAUUCAUGGGAGAAGCAAGAAAAUCAACCUGCCCCUUUCUAAAUAAAUGCUAGUUCCCAAGCAGCACAUCCUGUAUUAUUAUUAUUAUUAUUUUUUUGCUGGAUUCCUCCAGGAAUCACAGGUUUCACACAGCCCUGAUUAUGUUGAGCUCACGCAAUUGGGUACGAUGCCAAAGGUUUUUUUCUAGAGAAAAAAAAAUUAACCAGGAUGACAAAAAAAAAAUACGUUUCAGGAUAAUUGGGUUUAAGGAUAUCUGCAGAUGCGGAGUGUUGAAAGGCAGUGGCAUCUGAUGAGAUUAUUUCAUACCCCCAGCAUUGCAAAUCUACAUUUUGGAUGGUACAGAAAGGCCACCAUGCAUACGUAGUCAUUGACUGUAUGGUGGUUAAAGGUUUGCCAUCGAUGAAGAAAUGCUGUAGGUUUACCGAGCUAAAGAGAUAAAAUUCUCAGAUGGUGUAAAUCAAUAUGCAUCCCAGUAUUUUGAUUUCAAAAGGAAGGGAAGGAUUGGAGCAAAAAACAAAAAGCAGUGGGGAGGGGCUAUUCUUAUAAAUCAAUCCAACCAGUUGUCCAUUUGGCAUUAUACCCUGGCUGGUACAGAUCUCUUUAAUUUCCCUCUAUCACUUCCUGGCAAAAAGCUCUCAUCUUUUCUUGCGGCUCUGAGGAAUUUCCCUCCUACCCCAUAAUCCCCUUUGGCUUAUCUUUGGAAAUGCUGUACAUAUAAUUCUAUAUUUUUCCUCCUUUGUAACUUAUCAUUGAUUUAAUAAAAAUAUAAACUUUGUCAACUGAGAAUUAAUUGUUGUACCUUUGAGUCAGGCAAAACCCAGAAAGCAUUAGCUGGCCACUGGAAUGAUUAAUAAAAGGGCAAAAAAAGAGAUUUUGUAAUGUUUUAUCUAAGAACACAGUGAAAGCUAG